UGGUAGAAAGAAACAUUUGUGAAGAGAAAAAAAGAAAAUUAUAAUAAAAGUAUAAAGAAAAAAAAAGAUAACAGUGAGUGUUAAGCUUCGGUUGUUUUCCUCGAGUAUUAAAACAGUAACAACCCGUUUUUGCUGUUUUUGUCUUCGUUUACAAAUAUAGAAAGAGAUAUAGAGUGACGAAAAUUCUCGUAGAAAUAUUAGAGUGAGUCACGGAUGUGAAAAAAAAAUAUAAAACCGCUCGUAAAACCGCUCUAGUUAUUCUCAAUGAGAAAUGAGACUUUUGGAGGAGUUUCAUCCCCGAAAAGACAACAAAUAAAUCGCUAGAAAGGCGCAAAGAAGUUCUACUAGAAAGUUUUCAAAAUACAGCUCGGACAAUAUGUCUGGGAAUUACUCGGUGCGCUGCGAGCCGGGCCUAAUGAUACCUAUCUGGUCUCCGGUAGAAAAUUUGCAUCUAAUUGACAUCAUCUUCCGGGGUAUAGUGUACUUCUUUUUCUUACUGUAUCUGUUCAUCGGCGUGUCGAUCAUCAGCGACCGCUUCAUGGCAGCCAUCGAGGUGAUCACGUCCAAAGAGAAGGAGCUCACGGUACGCCGUCAUGGCAGGGAACCGCAGAUUAUCAUAGUGCGAGUGUGGAACGAGACGGUAGCCAAUCUGACCUUGAUGGCGCUCGGUAGCAGCGCGCCCGAGAUUUUAUUGUCCAUUAUAGAAAUUUGGGCGAAGAACUUCAACGCCGGCGAGCUGGGUCCGGGCACGAUUGUCGGUUCCGCCGCCUACAAUCUCUUCGUUAUCAUCUCUCUGUGCGUGUUCGUGAUCCCGAACGGAGAGACCCGCAAGAUCAAGCAUCUCCGCGUCUUCUUUGUCACAGCCACUUGGAGCAUAUUCGCCUACGUGUGGCUGUAUAUCAUCUUGGCGGUGACCAGUCCGGGUGUGCUGGAGGUCUGGGAGGGUAUACUUACCUUCCUGUUCUUUCCGGCCACCGUAUUGACGGCUUACAUCGCCGACCGACGACUGCUGAUUUACAAGUAUCUGCACAAGGGCUAUCGGAUGAACAAGCGCGGUGUGAUUGUGCAGGCGGAGUCUGGGGACUCCGAAAUAGGGGUGGAGCUGGAGAUCAAGCCGCAGCAAGAUGGUCUCCACGGUAUAGUGGACCGCUUAGCCGACGCCGACUCCCCCGAAGCGAGGGAGUUCGAGCAGACCCGACGUGAUUACAUCAAUACUCUGAGAGAAUUGCGCAAGAAGUAUCCCACUCAGCCCUUGGAGCAGCUCGAGGUGAUGGCGCACGAGGAGGUAUUGGGCAAGGGUCCCAAGAGCCGGGCCUUCUACAGAGUGCAGGCCACCCGGAAGAUGGUGGGCGCUGGCAAUCUCAGCAGGAAGAUUAGCGAAAGAGCGCAGAGCGACCUCAGCGAGGUCAAGGCUGAGCUGCAGAAAGCGGAAGCCGAGAGCAUUGACAUCGAGCACGUAAACGCCAUGAGGGUGUUUUUCGAACCUGGCCACUACACCGUGAUGGAGAACGUCGGUACCUUUGAGGUGGGUGUCACCAGGACGGGAGGUGAUCUGAGCAAGCCCUGCAGCGUGGACUAUUGCACGGAGGACGGAUCCGCGGAAGCGGGAUCUGAUUACGUGAGCGCCAAAGGAACUCUGACCUUUGAACCUGGCGAGACCAAGAAGACUAUCCAACUCUCGGUCAUCGAUGACGAGUUGUUCGAAGAAGACGAACAUUUCUACGUCAGACUCAGCAACGUGUCGCAACCGGCGAUGCUCGUCUCGCCGAGUCUGGCAACGGUGAUGAUCCUGGACGACGAUCACAGCGGCAUCUUCGGCUUUCCCGAGAGAGAUGUGGAACUGGUGGAGAGCGUGGGUCAGUAUCCCCUGCGCGUGGUGCGUUACAGCGGGGCCCGAGGACGCGUCGUCAUCCCUUAUCGCACGGUGGAGGGCACCGCAAAACCUGGCAAACAGUACGUGCACAUCGAGGGCAGUCUAACUUUCGAGGACAAUCAGACGGAGAAGAUUAUCAGCUUGGAAAUCAUCGAGGAGGACUCUUACGAGAAGGAUGCUCUCUUUUACGUCGAACUUGGCGAACCGUUACUACAAGGAGCAAGACGCGAUUUUCUGGUUUCAGCGGAGGCAGGAAUCGCGGCUGCGGCGGAGAUGAAGCAGCCGGAGGAGCGAACAGAGGAGGAGAAAAUGGCGCUGUUGGGCAGACCUCGGUUGGGCGAGGUUUCCCGGGCACAGAUAAGGAUCAAAGAGUCCAAGGAGUUCAAGAACACCGUGGAUAAGCUCGUACAGCGAGCAAACGCCUCCAUAAUACUCGGCACAAGCUCCUGGAAAGAACAAUUUACGGAAGCACUGACCGUCAGCGGGGGCGAUGAAGACGACGCGGAGAAUGGUCAACCCUCCUCGCCAUCGAUGAUGGAUUAUCUCAUGCAUUCACUUACCAUCUUCUGGAAGGUUCUUUUCGCUUUUGUCCCACCCACCGAUAUCGCCGGCGGUUAUUUGUGCUUCAUCAUCAGCAUUUUUGGGAUCGGUGUCGUAACGGCGAUAAUCGGCGACGUUGCCUCGUAUUUCGGUUGCACUUUGGGUAUCAAGGAUUCCGUCACCGCCGUGGUUUUCGUCGCCCUCGGUACCAGCAUCCCCGACACGUUUGCGAGCAAGGUGGCCGCUUGCCAGGACAAAUAUGCCGACGCGAGCGUGGGCAAUGUGACCGGAAGUAACGCGGUAAACGUCUUCCUGGGGAUUGGCGUCGCGUGGAGUAUCGCCGCCAUUUAUCGUGCCUGCCACAACGAGCCGUUCCUCGUCGAACCCGGCAACUUGGCCUUUUCCGUCACCCUGUUCUGCAGCGAAGCUUGUCUAGUGAUCGUAGUGCUGAUGGUGAGGCGAGUGAAGUCGAUCGGCGGCGAGCUCGGCGGACCUUUCGUACCGAAGCUCAUCACGUCAGUGUUCCUGUUCUCCCUUUGGCUGCUCUACCUCAUCAUGUCCACCCUUGAGGCCUACGGCGUGAUCCAGGGCUUCUAAAUCGGGGGCCCAUUACGCGACGCCAUUACGUCGGCCUAUCCAUUGUGUAUCUUAGUUCUGGCGUCCGCCAAGGCGUAUGCUCAACGAAACUUCAACCUGGUCACUCUCGCGGCGAGAUUUCGUCGCGAUUUCGCGCAGAACAAACUCUGACUGUGUCCGGGAAUCGCAUAAGUUCAUCAUCCCCCCGACCUGAGACAGUUUAAACACAACGAACCGUGAUCGCGUGCGACGUAUUCGAUGUGCGAGAAAUAUGUAUACGUGUGUGUAUGCAUGUGUUAGGUACCUGAGAGCGCGAGUGCGUGUGCUUGCGAAAAUGUCAUUCUUCAACGAAGAGAGAGUGAGAGAGAAAGAGAGAAAGAGAAAAGAAAAAAAAAUCAAUCGGGAGGAAAGAAAAAAUCGAGG